AAUCCCCCAAGGCUGUAGUACCGUGAUCCGCGCGUGGAGACCAUGGCGUUCCUGUGCAGAAUGUGACGGGGAUAACAGGAAAUAUAACUCCGACAGCGGGUUAUUUUUCACGUUAUUCUGAAGCAAGGAUUGGAUUUAAAUAGAGAAUAAAAUGGGCUCUCGUAUCAAAGAGAGCCCUGGGUCACCCUUUGAGGUGUACAUGGAAGUGGUGCAUUCUGGGACGGCUGGCUCUGGACCAGAGGUACGAAGGAGUUUCCCCGACACAUACGCUGACCAGAAAACGCUACAGACUAUCCCAAAGUUUUGUUUCCCCUUCAAUAUGGACAGUAAAGCAGUGGGCCAGGUGGGGCAGAACUUCACGUUUGUUCUGACGGAUAUCGAGAGUCAACAGCGCUUCGGUUUCUGCCGGCUCUCUUCGGGAGCUCAGAGCUGCCACUGCAUCCUCAGCUACUUGCCCUGGUUCGAGGUGUUUUACAAGCUGCUGAAUAUCCUGGCAGAGUAUUCAACCAAAGGACAGGACAGUCAAUGGAGAUCGUUGUUAGAGUGUCUUCACACGUUAAACAUCCCUGAUCCUGGAGUGCCUGUGCAUUUGAGUGUGCAUUUGUUUUUCACAGUGCCUGAUCCUAGGGAAUUGCCCAGUAUACCUGAAAAUAGAAAUCUGACGGAGUAUUUCGUAGCAGUGGAUGUGAAUAACAUGCUGCAUCUAUAUGCUAGCAUGCUGUAUGAAAGACGAAUCCUCAUUAGCUGCAGCAAGCUGAGCACUUUAACGGCAUGUGUUCAUGGUGCAGCAGCCAUGUUGUAUCCCAUGUACUGGCAGCAUGUUUACAUUCCAGUACUGCCACAGCACUUAUUAGAGUACUGCUGCGCUCCAAUGCCAUACCUGAUCGGAGUGCAUUCCAGUCUUAUGGAGAAGGUGCGAGGUAUGGCUCUAGAUGAUGUGGUACUUCUCAAUGUAGACACAAACACCCUUGAAACGCCAUUUGAUGACCUACAAAGCCUUCCUAAUGAUGUGGUUUCAUCUUUAAAGAACCGCCUAAGAAAAGUUUCCUCGACGACAGGAGACGGAGUGGCCAGGGCGUUUCUGAAGGCACAGGCAGCUCUGUUUGGCAGUUACAGGAAUGCACUACAAAUUGAACCGGAGGAGCCAAUCACAUUCAGUGAGGAAACGUUCAUCACGCACCGAUCCAGCACAAUGAGACAGUUUCUACAGAAUGCUAUCCAACUACAGUUAUUUAAACAGUUUAUAGACGGGCGUCUGGAACUGUUGAACUCUGGUGAAGGGUUCAGCGAUCAGUUUGAGGAGGAGAUCAACAUGGGAGAAUAUGCUGGCAGUGAUAAGACAUAUCAUCAGUGGCUUUUCACAGUGAAGAAAGGCAGUGGGGCCAUUUUAAACACAGUGAAGACUAAGGCAAAUCCUGCGAUGAGGACCGUUUACAAAUUUGCCAAAGACCAUGCCAAGAUGGGCAUCAAAGAAGUCAAGAGUCGACUCAAACAAAAGGAGCUUACAGAGAAUGGUUACUCAGAAGAGCCUGGCUCCACCCAAAUCCCCUCCACACACAGCAAAGACUCCCUCACCUGGGACCAGAGACAACCAAUCACAGUGCACUUUGGACAGACUGAGCAGUCACGUUCCCCACGGCCCCCUCGGCCACAACGUCCCCCUCCCCCCCAUCCCUCCAAAAUACAGCACAUCACACGACCAGCUCGGCCUCCUCGGCCUGUGGUGGCAAAGAGACCACGCGGUAACAUUGGCAUAGAGGGAAGCCCUGAACAUUACAUGCGUCCAACCUGUCACUAUACAGUGUUUCUGUGCGAGGACUCUUCGGGUGAUGAGCUCUCUCAGGAUGAUGACUCCAUUGCUGCUUUUCCUGAACACUUCCUGCUUUCUGCUCCCUUUGAAUGGCCCCAGCCAUACAGGUCUUUGAAAGAGGCGGAGCUUGUGGAAGAAGGUGAAGAGGUUCGGGAGUGCUUCCAAGGUAACACUGCUCCGUCCAGCCCUGUCCUAGACAAGUUCUCUGACCUGAGCCUGUUGCAGGAUGCUUUCCGUACUCAGCAGGGCGAGCCAGAAUGUACCAAUACCACAAAUACCACAAAAUCCUCUAACAGCACACGCUCUACACUCAGUUCUGCCAGAAGUUUGGAGGAGCUACGAGCAGACCCACAACAUGCCAACUUCAACUACCAGCCGAUGGAUCUUACUUCUGGUGAGCGCACACGCACAUUCCCUGGUCUUAAAACCACCAAUCCAUACAACAAGCUCUGGAGCCAAAGAGAUGUCCCGUCCACAUUGCUUGGCCAAGAGUCACCUUCCUGGGAGACACCUCUCUCCAUGCCACCCUUGGAACCCCCUGAGGCACAGCCACCCAGCAUAGAGAGUUCAAAUCCUAGUGCAGAGAAGACCGAAGGGGCUUGUAUCACAAUCCCUCGUCCCCAAGGUCGAAAAACACCCGAACCAGGUGCAGUUCUAUCACCAGCUGUGACCCUUCUGCGUGGGGUUAAACCAGCUAGUGAAAAGGAGGGAGGAGUGUCUGCUGGAGGGCAGGAGUUUCGGCAAGCACUGAACAUAUCUCCUCACUCCCAAUCACAAACUCAGGCAGACUUGUUGAAGCCCAGUGAGCCAAACAAGGGACAGGACUUGCUAAGCUUGUUGGACCCUCUGUGCGGAGCAACAAAGAACGAGUCCACCCCACCCCUUUCUAAACCCCCUAUACCUCCUCGACCCAACCUCCCAAACUUGCCUGCCUUCCCCCCUUCAGUAUCACUAAACCCCUUUACCCAACCACCCCAGUACCAGCCACAAAGGCAUUAUAGUCCUGUUAUCCCAGGUAACCCUUUUGCCCAAGCAUACAUGCCUCGCCCAGGUGCCAACUACUUCUCCACCUCUGCCCACCCAUUCUCAGUAUUUGGUCAGACAUCUGCUGUGGGUGUGACCCCAACCGGAGGGUCAUGGCCAAUUGGACAUGUUCCUCCAUCCUCCAAUAGUAGCGGGUCUCUUUCAACCCUCUUAGACUCACCUGCUCCGGCUUCUCUGGCCCAGUCUGCGCAAGUUUCUGCAGAUGAACCCCUUGACCCAUUCAGUGACCUUCUUACUAUGGCAACAACACCAACAGUAAUGGCCACGCCCCCCAAAAAGAAGGUAGAGGAUUUGCGAAGAAGGUGGGAAACUUUUGACUAGCUCUGCCCUCAUCUUUCCUCUGCUGCUGCUACCAACCAGUGAGGGUCUGAAAAUUUAGAGCCAGUGGGUAUUUAAGACUGUGCCACCUAGUGGCCUGAAAGCACUGUUGGACAUUUUUCUUUCAGAGAUGCUUUUUUUUUUGCGCCUAGCUCACACUUAGCCUUAUGCACACAUGCUAAUGAUGUGUUUCCCAUAGCAUCUGGAUGAACAGUUUCGUUCCAAUAGCAGCAAGAUUAACACUGAAAAAACAUAUUAGCUGGAUAACACUGUAUUUUCUGUAGCUAGUGUAGUCUAGUUUCCAUAAGGAUCGAACUACAGUACUAAAGAUACCACACAGUAAGUGACCCAAGUCCUACAUUAGCAAUUAGACUGGCAUUUUUGCUUUUAUGGCGGUUACUGCAUGAACAGUCAGUGCCAGUUUUAUAAGAACUUUUUUUUUUUUUUAUCCUACACAUUAAUUCAAAAUGACAUACACUAGUGUCCACCUUCUUGUACAAAUGAUUGUUAAAUUGCCAUUUAUAAUGCACUUGACACAUAUUUUGCGUAUCUCUAGUAGAUGGCAUACUACACAUCCCACACUUCUUGCUACGUGACAUAAGGGCAUACUACAUUCUGGAUUUUAAAAUGCACAUUGCAUAUAACGUUGUGACUGCAGUACCUGCCGUGUAUUUCGAAUUUGCACUACAUUAUUUAUGGCAUACUAUAAUGUAUACUGCACUACAUAUUGUGUCCUAGUAGAAGCUAUAUACUGCUUGCUACAUAGAGCAUAGUGUGUGAUAAAGUGCGUCAGAAUGGGUCAGCGUAAACAGUCCUGUGAAACAAAACACUGCCCCCUAGAGCUCUGAAAUAAGAUUUUAGAGGACAAAAAUGCAGUAUGCAUUUGAUGAAUUAUAUGUGAUGAAUGGCUUCACUGGUACUGGCUUUACUUCUGGUUUUGCUUGCCUGUGUGUCAGUCCAAAAGUAAUGGGUCUUCUGGAACAGGGUUCUGUUCGGUUUCAAAAUAGUUUAGUUUAGAUGCUAAUUGUCCAUUUGCUUUGAUUUGAUGUUGAAGUUCUCUCAUUUUAUUCUGAGCAUCACAUGAUAGACUUAUAGCUUUCAUAAAGCAAACAGUCACCACCCUUCUUUUUAGCACUACCCUUUCCAUUUAAUCUGCUACUGCCGUGCGAGCUGUAUUAUGGGUAUUUAUUCUAAGAGCUGUUUUGUGCUUUUUAAACAUACAUACUGCUAUAAAGUGUGUUAAAAUGAGACCUAACUCUUUAACAGUUGGUUUUCUCAUAAUGGACUCUGCCUGUUUUCUUUAUUUAUAUAUACAAUCUUUGUUUCAUGCCAUUUAUUUAGGUAUAUUUUUGUCUGAGACAAGUAGGAGAACACUGUUUGUGCAAAUCUUGACAUGGAAAAGAAUUGUGUACAACCAAACGCUCAAAUCCAAAAGAAAUAUGUUUUUGUCCAUGUCAUUGAUCAUCAGGGAGUGAACUGGUGUCUCUUCUUCUCUGGUUUUGUUGUAUUUAAAAUAUGAAAUAAUGUUAUUUGUGUUAUUAAAGUGUUCUUGAACAUCUCUAUCCACCCUGUAGAGCUGUUAAAAGUUCACCUUUCGAAUUUGGCCUUAAAUGAGUGUGUGUGCGCGCGCGCGUGUGUUAUGUGUGUAAAUUGAGAGCUGUUUGUUGUGUAUUCUUACUGCAUGGGUUGUUUAUGGUGUUUUGUUUUAAAUUUUGUCUUAAUGUUAAAACGAUGAUUUAUACAUCACCUGGUAGGUUAAAAUGUUAUUGGUGAAAGCACACACUGUCUUUGGUCAGUAAUUCCUACUGAAAGUUUAAAACAAAUUCAGUGGAAAUGGAAGCUUAUACACCAUUACAGAAUAGACUGAGUGGACCUGCACUGGAUUACAAGGAACUUCUAGGACUUCUCUGAAAUGCGUAUGAGCAUAUUGAAGUGCACCUGUGUAACAGAAAACAACUUUAAAUGUUAAAAUUAAAACGAGGCAUUUAUUUUUUUUCAGCAAUCAUCAAAUGACCUGAAGCUGAGAUAUAUAUUUUUUUCUAUACAGAGAUUUAAUUGACAAGACAUCCCAAUUUGUUUAGGUUUAAAAGUUGUUCUGAAUGAAGUAUUGUAGAUGCACAUGAGGCCCAUCACUGAAUGUGACUAUUCUGAGACCGAAAAAGUGUCAAACUAUAAUCUAACAUGUAUGGGUUAAACAGGGUUUGAAAUUAAGACUGGAAAUAUGUAUUUAACAAACAUUGUUGGUCCUAUUUUGACAGUAUCCUUUAAGGUUUAGAUAUCUCAGCUUGAAUGGUAGGAGAGUGCAGCUUCGGCAAGGUGGAACUAUCCAGACGUGUUUCUGAUUUGUAAAAUACAAUUUUCUCUUGGAAUGUAUCCUAAUGUGAACUUAUAUUCAGUUGUUAUCGUCUUGUUCUUUUAAAAAAAUAUUUUUAAUUAUUAUUAUUUGGAUGUUAUCAUUUGUGUUUGCCAUAAUUAAAAACUCAGUAUAUAUAUUCA